CUGGAGGCGGGUUUCUUCCUUCACAGGGCCGGUGCCCCGCGCCCGGCACGGACACCGAGCGGUGGCCAUCCGGGAGCUGAUGAUCAUCUUCGGCGGGGGCAACGAGGGCAUCGCGGACGAGCUGCACGUCUACAACACGGGUAGGCGGCGGCCGGGCGGCGCGGCGGAGGGGGAGGGGCGGCGCCGCGGACGUGGGCCUGACAGCUGUCACCGCCGAGUCACUGUCUCCGCGGCCCGCCGGCCGGCGGGAGUGCUGGGCUGGACCGGCCCGCUCGCCGCGUGCUGGAUGGCAGUUUGGGCGUGGCGGGCCCGCGGGCUGGACCGGACUCCCCAGGCGGGCAUCGCGACGCCCCGGCCCAGCCCUGUCCGCGGACCGCAGUGAGAGCCGGGCUCCAAACGGCCCGGGCCUCUCCUCCCCGGCCAGUCCCUUCACUGCCAGAAGCCACGCCUGCCCGCAGCCCGAACUCCUCCGGCCUCUUGCCUUCUUUGGCCUUCCCUUCCCUCCUUGUGAGGAAGAGCUGGAGGGUGAGGAGGCCUCUGGUCCUUUAGCGCCCGCACACCCAGUAUCUGGCGGAAGCGGUCAAGAUUUCCCCGAAGCUGGCGCGGAAGGGAUCUGUGGGUGAGACCUGGCUGCGCCCUGACUGGUCCUCCGAAAGAGGACUGUCAUACUCAGCACUGCCAAGCGCCCACCUCCGUGGACUCGCAUGGAAGCUGGCAUUCAUUCCAUUUUCUCCAUUUGUAACUACUGCAGCGAUCCCUGGAAAUGUUUCCUUGGUGUAAGACUAAUGACUGCAUUUGGGGUCGCUCUAUCGCGUGACCAGCUUUUCUCUGAUGAAACAACUUGAUCACAGUCAUCUAAAGGUUUAAGACCGUAGGAGACAUUUUAUUUCCUCAGCCUCUCCUCUUGCCUCCUCGCCCCCUAGGACUCCACCAUAUAAAGUUUAAAAAGUAAUAAAUUAGACCUAUUUUUGAAUUUUGCUUUGCCAGUUGUCGAAGAUUAGCAUUAAAGUUAUCAAAUCUUUCUGAAACUCAGGUUUUCCACUUGUAUUGUGGAGAUGCUACCCACUAGGCUGUUGUAAGAGUUAAUUGAUGCAGGGGCUGGAGAGAUGGCUCCGUGGUCAAGAACACUUGACUGCUCUUGCAGAGAACCAGUUACAAAUCAGUGGUUUCUACCAGCGGUUAGAGGAGACAUCCCUCCAGGCUGUGCUGCCCAUGGAUUUGUCUGUGAUGGUACCAGAAUAUUAGUGUUUGGGGGAAUGGUUGAAUAUGGAAGAUACAGCAGUGAGUUAUAUGAAUUGCAAGCAAGUCGUUGGUUAUGGAAAAAAGUGAAACCCCAACCUCCUUCUUCUGGUUUACCUCCUUGUCCUCGGCUUGGACAUAGUUUCUCUUUAUAUGGUAACAAAUGCUAUUUGUUUGGUGGUCUGGCAAAUGAAAGUGAGGAUUCAAACAACAAUGUUCCCAGAUAUCUAAAUGAUUUCUAUGAGUUGGAACUACAGCAUGGUUCUGGUGUUGUGGGUUGGAGCAUUCCACUCACUAAAGGCACUGUACCUUCUCCAAGAGAAUCCCAUACAGCUGUUAUAUAUUGUAAAAAAGAUUCUGGAAGUCCUAAGAUGUAUGUUUUUGGUGGAAUGUGUGGUGCUCGCCUGGAUGACCUAUGGCAGCUUGACUUAGAAACUAUGUCAUGGUCAAAACCAGAAACUAAAGGAACAGUACCGCUUCCACGAAGCCUUCAUACAGCCAGUGUUAUAGGAAACAGGAUGUACAUUUUUGGUGGAUGGGUUCCACAUAAGGGGGAAAAUACUGAGAAUUCACCUCACGAUUGUGAAUGGAGAUGUACCAGUUCAUUUUCUUACCUAAAUCUAGAUACAGCAGAGUGGACCACUCUAGUGUCAGAUUCUCAGGAAGACAAAAAAAAUUCAAGACCAAGACCAAGAGCUGGACACUGUGCUGUUGCAAUUGGCACUCGAUUAUAUUUUUGGAGUGGAAGAGAUGGCUACAAAAAAGCACUGAAUAGUCAAGUUUGCUGCAAGGAUCUUUGGUAUCUUGAUACUGAGAAACCACCAGCACCAUCACAAGUACAGUUGAUCAAAGCUACAACUAACUCCUUUCAUGUCAAGUGGGAUGAAGUGUCUACAGUUGAGGGCUAUCUUCUGCAGCUGAAUACUGACUUGCCAUACCAAGCUGCAUCAUCUGACUCUUCAGCAGCACCAAGUAUGCCAGGAGUCAGGAUGGACCCUCACAGACAAGGCAGUAAUAGCAUUCUUCAUAACAGUGUCAGUGAUGCAAUAAACAGUGCAAAAACUGAGCACACAGCCAUGAAGGCAGCUUCAGUGAAAAACAAACCAGAUUUCAAGUCAACAGAUUCUAAUGCUGUUUUACACUCACCUUUGGUGUCUAAUGCUUCUAAUCAUAACAGUUGUAUUCCUGAUAUGCUAAGGAAGAAUGAAGGUCCUCAUACUUCAGCAAAUGUAGGUGUACUAAGUAGUUGCCUGGACUUACGAACAAUAAUCCCUGAAACUUCGGUAUCCAGUACUGUUUCCAGCCCACAAACUAUGGUAACCCAGCAGACCAUUAAAACUGAAUCAUCCAGUACAAAUGGGGCAGUUGUUAAAGAUGAAACUUCACUAACAACAUUCAGUACCAAAUCUGAAGUUGAUGAAAUAUGUGCUCUGCCUGCGACUAAGAUCAGCCGUGUAGAGAUACAUGCUGCAGCAGUGCCAUUUUCUAAAGAGACGCCUUCAAGUCCACUGGCCACCAUGAAAGCAGAACAACAAUGGUGUGAUGUGGGAAUUUUUAAAAAUAAUACAGCUUUGGUGAACCAGUUUUAUUUGCUACCAAAAGGGAAACAAAAUAUCUCCAAGGUAGGAAAUGCAGAUGUACCUGACUACAGUUUGCUUAAGAAACAGGAUCUUGUUCCAGGCACAGUAUAUAAAUUCAGGGUUGCUGCGAUCAAUGGUUGUGGUAUAGGACCAUUCAGCAAAAUCAGUGAAUUUAAAACUUGUAUUCCUGGUUUUCCUGGAGCCCCUUCUACAGUCAGAAUUUCAAAGAAUGUUGAAGGUAUCCACCUUUCCUGGGAGCCUCCAACUUCACCUUCGGGAAAUAUUUUGGAAUAUUCAGCCUACUUGGCUAUCCGCACAGCACAGAUACAAGAUAAUCCAAGUCAGCUUGUAUUUAUGAGGAUUUAUUGUGGUCUUAAAACCUCCUGUACAGUGACUGCUGGACAGCUUGCAAAUGCUCAUAUUGAUUACACAUCCAGACCUGCCAUUGUGUUCAGGAUAUCGGCAAAGAAUGAAAAGGGUUAUGGACCAGCCACGCAAGUUCGGUGGCUUCAAGGUAGUAAUAAGAAAGCACCUUUAAAUUGAGUUGUUUUUUUCCUAAAGCUAUUGUGAUGAUGAUUAUUUAUUAGUAGCCGGUUAUUGUCAUUUAAGAGUGUUCUCUGACUGUAUUUCUAGCAGUUAUGAAUUUGAGUUUGUAACUUGUUCUUCAAAUGUACUUGCUCACUUCUAGAUCUAAAUAAAGAUAGAAAAGAAGCAAAGACUGAAAAUUAGUAUAUGGAUUCUUCCUUACCCAUAUAGUUGCUUUAUAAAGAAAAAUGGUAAAAUUAGGAUAAAAAGCUUUUUUACCCUGACGUCUUUUAUGAAGGCUGUGUAGCUCGGUCAUCUAGAGUUACUGAGAUGAUUCUGGUAACUGGCUGCUGUACACUUUGCUGUUGUGAAUGUUCUUUGUUGUAAACACUUGUCCUUAAGCACUUCUUCUAACUUUAUUCUAUGAGCAGUGGUCUUCUAACAGCUAUUUUCUGAUGCAUAGUAUUUGUGAUACUAAUUCUAGUAGCCUCUUUAUUCCUUUAUUUAUAGUUAGCACAAGCUUAAGACAAUAAAAGAAAGACAAAGACAAUUUCAGAAACUCUGCUUUAGGAUUUUAUUACUUUCUAGCAAUCAUAGCAAGAUACAAAAAUGAUAAUGAGUAUUCUUGAUUUGUAUCAGACCAAUAUAUUUGAAUAUGUCUUUGGCUAAAUCAAUUUAUAUGGCCUUUAAUCUCACUAAUAGGUGAGGGAGUUAAAAGAGUUUAACAUUUAAGUUCCCUUUCAGCUAUAAACUUCUGUAUUUUCAUUAGAAGUCCAGUGUAACCCUGCACAUUUUCAUGUGUUGCCAGUCUCAGUGGCUCCAACUUUGCUUUUGUUGAAAAUUAAAUCUUCAUCAUUUAAGACUGAAAGCAAAGUACCUGUCCUCUUGAAGAAAGAGAAAAGCACCUUAACAGGACACACAUUUCUAAAUAGUGUUUGAAACAUUUGUAAGAUUUUUGUAAAUGGUCUAGAUGUUUUAUUUUUGCAUUGUUUUUACCUUGAAAUUGUAUAAACUUUUUUACAUCAUAAUUAAAAGCAUUAGACAGCUAACUCAGGUUCCUUACAACCUUAAAGAUGCAGAUAACUUCAUGAUACUCAGCUCCAGGUAACUUGUUUUACAACCUUUGAAAUCUCCUAGUGUGACUGCCUAGUCAACUCUGAAGAGACUUUAAAGAGCAAUAACUGCAGAAAAGACUGCAUACCAAGAGCUGUGAUAACUGCAGGAACACAGGUCUAUCUUUAUAACACACAACCUCAUGCCAGUUUAGGUUGACUGAGUAGCAGUGUCCUCCAGCUUUAUGUAUUAUAUCCCUAGCAAAGAUGAAUAAUUGUGCAGAAUUGAUAUAUAUAUAGAUAUAUGCCAGUUACUAAUUUAAAGUAUAUAGAAUAUUUUAAUAUAUAAUUUUGUAAAGAUCUGGGAUUUUUAUAUGACAGUAUUUGUAAUUAAUAUGUCUCACUAACUAAAUGUCUCUUGAAAAUAUGCAAACCUUAGACACAUGAGUGGUUUCUGAACUCUAAUGAUAAAAUAAAUGCACUACUCUGGUGUUGGAAUAUCUUUUUGUGACUCCAUGAACCCUUAAUCAUUAAGUGGGUACUUUCCAGGCAGUGUUUACUGGGAGCGGCUAUGGCUUGUUACUCUAGCAGCUCCCUUAGUGAGAGCUUCACUUUACCUUUGUUUCAUUCAGAUGCUUUGCUUUUGGUAGCUGCUUGCUUUUUGCACUAGUGAACUUUGAAUUUACCUCAUUAUUAUGUUUAUAAUCAUUGGCAUAGCUUCCAUGUUGUAUCUGAUAGAAGCUAAACAGGUACUUAACCAAAGUUAAAUGAUAUGCAAUUUUGCACAUAUUAAAUGAUAAGGCUUGUCGUGUGUGUGUGUGUGUGUGUGUGUGUGUGUCUGUCUGUCUGUCUGUCUGUGGAAAGUUACAGUGUAUGUGUCAAGCCUGAUUUACUUUAUUAGAAAGCUUCUGACUUAUGGUCCCUUAUUCUUUGCAUUAACAGUUUGCAUCUUGAAACAUUUAUGUUAAUGACAAGGAAUAAGUUGAUGUGAAGCAGAGUAGACUGUUUUGAGUGUACACAUUUUUACCUGUUUAGUAUUUGAUUUAGUUUACUUUGCUUAAAUGCAUUUACUAUUCUAGACCAAGAGGUUAAUAUGAGCCUAUGGUUUUGACAUAUGACUCACUCCUUAGAGGAAAGGGUAGCCUUUCUAUGCCAAGGGAUUUGUUAAAAUAGUAAAUAUUUUACCUUGAGAAUGAGUCCAAAUUGUGUUUGUUUUUUCUUGGCAUUUACUGCUUUAAGCACAAGUCAUGUUUCUGUUUCUGUUAAGGGACUAGUGAUUGAACAAUAUUCUUAAGAAAUCUCUAUGGCUUUGAUGUUAGCAGUUCAUAAACCAGUUUACAGCUCUGUACUCAUGAGUGAAUAAAUGGGCUCAUAGCAGGAUGAGCACUUCUAAUUUCUGAGGAUUUGCACAAUUCCUAAGUGAAGGUCUCCAUGUAGCUGCAAGCCACAUCAUACAGACUUUUUCCCUCCUUUUUUCCUCAUCUCUUCCUUCUUCCCAUUUUUGUACUGGGGAUUGAACUUGGGACCUGGGCAGCUAGGCCAGUACUCUAUCACUGAGCUCUACCCCAGCCCAGGCAGAUGUGUCUGUAAGAUUUACCUUAAGUUAAAUUACUUUCUUUCCUUGUCCUAGUUGUGUAAGCAACUCAGAUGUAACAAGCCUUUGUGUCAUUUUGUGUCUGUCACUCUUUCCAUGUUCUGGACCUUGGUUCACAUAAGUAGUAAAAAUAUUGUUGAUAUUGCAUGUUCUUAGAAUUUAUGUUUUCUAAAACAUUGUAUUGGCUUUAGCUUAGCAAACUAUUUUGGCAAUUUAAUUAGAAAUAAUGUAUAUAUAAACUCAAUCUACUUUUAAAAAUUAAAAUAAUUAACUGCAUGUAUGAGGCACCUCUGCCCUGUAACCCAAUUACAUUAAUCAUCUAUAGAAAGGUGACUGUUGAUCCAUUAUUUCAAAGACUUGUGGACUAGCAAAGAUUUGUUCUGAUUAGAGACAUGGUCUGCUAUAAGUAAAGGGUUUUUUUAGCUGAAAAAUUAUAGCACUUAUAAAAAUCAUUUGUAAUAGUAUAUGAAGAAAUUAUUAGUAUUUGAAAUGCCUGUAGUCAUCUGAUCAUAAAUGAAAUAGAUUGCAAAGUAGACUUGGUCUUUGACCAUUUCAUGUGUUUUCUGAGACUGAUUUUAGACAGUUUUAUGUAAUUGUGUACCAAUGAUAUGUAAAAUAAAAGCACCUUUUUUACUAUAA